UUAUCAUCAAAUUGAAUUAUUAUUAUUAUUAUUAUUAUUAUUCUUUUUUCUUUUUUAAAUAACCCACAAAAUCCCUUCUUCUUCUUCUUCUUCUUCUUCUUCUUCUUUUAUUACCUAAACACCAACAAAAAAGACCAUAAUUAUGCAGAAUCAUCAGCACAUGAACUUGGUUUUGUCUACUGAUGCAAAACCGAGGCUUAAAUGGACUCCUGAGCUUCAUGAAAGAUUUGUUGAGGCUGUCAAUCAUCUUGGUGGAGCAGAUAAGGCCACACCUAAGAGUUUGAUGAGAGUGAUGGGAAUCACUGGCCUUAGUCUUUACCAUCUCAAGAGCCAUUUACAGAAAUACAGGUUGGGUAAAAGCCAGCAAUCUGAAACCAAUGCCCAUCUCAAGCUUCAAGAGAUGCAGAGAAAAGGUGGGCAUUUUGAUGGGGAGGAAGAAAACAAGGAUAGGAUUCAAAAUCAUAACGAAACAGAGAACAUGAAGAUAUCAGAAGCUCUACAAAUGCAAUUAGAAGUACAGAAGAAACUGCAAGAACAAAUAGAGGUACAAAGGCAUUUGCAGCUGAGAAUCGAAGCACAAGGGAAGUAUUUAAAGACAGUAUUAAGAAAAGCACAAGAGACGAUUGCAGGGUACGGAUGUUGUUCUGAAGCACUUGAAGAGGCAAAAGCAGAGCUCUCUCAAUUGGCUUCAAUGGUGAGCUCUGGUUGUCAGAGCUCUUCUAUAUCAGAAUUGACUGACUCAACAGAACUUAAUUUCAAAGGUUUUGAAAGAGUGGGAAGAAGAAUGUGUUCCAUUGAAAGCUCUUUAACGUCUUCAGAGACAUCAGAAGAGGCCCCAAUCACGAGGAAGAGAAAAGGAAAAGAAAAGGAAAAAGAACAGAGUAGCUCUGUUUCUGAGGGAGAUUGUAAGAGAUUAACAAUGCAUAAAAGUGAUGAGGAACACGACGAAUUCAGAAUGAUCGACUUGAAUGAUUCACAAUUUGACAAUACUGCAAUAGGAAUUGCAUCACUGUUGAUCGAGUUUCUUUGAAAAGGGGGUCUUGAAUGAAUAUGUGAAAGUAUGGUGCUGAAAAGUUGGCAUUUGCUUGUAAAAUGUGUAAAUGGGGGUAUUGUACUAUUGUAUAUAACGCAUGUUUUUCAUUUCGUAAGUAACAUUUCAAGGUAAACCCAAUGUUAAAAUACAUUAUGUGUUAAUUUGCUAGCUAAACCAUGUAAACAUCAAUAUCAUAUAAAAGCAAUUAUGGUUUCAUUUUAGUCA